CACACAACCAAAAUCAUCCCAAAAAAAAACAAGUUCUUCUAAUAAAAGUUUUUUAGUUAUUUCACUUGUAUCAAUUAAUCAAAAUGGCUUUAGGUGCAACUCAUUUAAGCUUGGCACUUUGCCUUAUGGCUCUAAUUGUUCUUGUAAAAGCAGAUUUUGAUGGUAAAAAAGAGCCAAUUAACAAUAUUUUGGAGCAAAAUUCAGAAAUGUUAACUCAAGAUUUUUGUAUUUUCGCGGCGGUUGGGUCAGUUGUGGCAGAAGCUAUUGCGAGGGAGAGGCGAAUGGGAGCAUCUCUCAUUCGCCUCUUCUUCCAUGACUGCUUUGUCGAUGGAUGUGAUGCUGGAAUUCUUCUAGAUGAUAUUCCUGGAAGGUUCCAAGGAGAAAAAACAUCACCACCAAAUAAUAAUUCAGUGAGAGGUUAUCAAGUAAUUGAUCAAGCUAAACAAAGGAUUAAAACUAUGUGCCCUGGUGCUGCUGUUUCUUGUGCUGAUAUUCUUGCCCUUGCUGCUCGUGACUCUGUUGCUAUGUUGGGAGGAAUUCCAUAUCCUGUGAGUCUAGGCCGGAGAGACGCAAGGACUGCGAAUUUCACCGGCGCGUUAACCCAACUUCCAGCCCCAUUCGACGAUCUCAACGUCCAAUUAAAAAAAUUCAGCGAUAAGGGAAUGUCUGCUCGGGAAAUGGUUGCGUUAGUCGGGUCCCACACAGUAGGAUUUGCACGAUGUGUGACAUUAUGUGACGACAGAAACAUUAACCCGGCCAUGAAAUCAACACUAAAAUGUGGUUGCCCUGUUAGUAACAAUAACACAAACUUAGUACCAUUGGAUUUAAUAACUCCUGAUUUUUUCGACAAGUUUUAUUACGAGGAUUUAAUUCGAAAUCAAGGACUUCUUUUCUCAGACCAAGUAUUGAUGGGAUCUACCGCGACUGCUAAUGUUGUUCGGACCUAUAAUAGUAACCCUGCUCUAUUUUUACGCGAAUUCAACGAUGCCAUGAUAAAGAUGGGGAACUUACCCCCAUCUCGUGGCGUUCAGUUGGAAAUUCGCAAUGUUUGUAGCAAGGUGAACGGUAAUUCUAUCGCGGACAUGUGAAAUAAGAAGAAAAUAUAUUUGAAAAUUUCGAAUUUCCUGUUCGAAAAUAAAUAAAUGUAUGGCUUAUUGACCAUGUAGCUUGUUGUUUUAUGUAAGUUUUUUGGCUUUCUAUAUAUGUAGUAUAAGUGUAUGUAA